AUGGCGAAAGGCACUAUCACUACCAGCAACGUGACUUCCCGGGGUUCAUUGGCGCCGUGCCUAGAGACCCUCGAGUCGCACGUCGUUCUCGUCCAGGAGCAUCACCGACGGGACGAGGCGAAGCUCGCCGACCUGCAGCACGAGGUGCUGGAUCACGGGUUCGCGGGCAUCUGGGCGCCAGCAGUGGCAGGCCCCACCUCCGCGGAGGGCACUACGGGCGGCGUCGCGGUCUUGGCCCGCAAGAACAUCCCCGUCACGGCCCCGCCGCUGCUGCCCUCGGCGACACUGUGGCCAGGGCGACUGGUGGCCGCCCACGUGCACUGGGGAGUCCGUGGCGGCAUUGUCUUCGUGUCGGCCUACCUGGUCGACAGCGUUGGCAUGAACGACGUGAACCGAAGCAUCUUCGGCGCGCUCACUCGCUACCUCACGAAGCUCACGGCCUCGGGCAUCGAUUGGAUCGUCGGCGGCGACUUCAAUGGGCCUCCCAGCUGCCUGCCCCUGGCGCAGUUGGAAAAGGCGGGGGGCCUCUGGCUAGCGCCGUCGGCCGACACCUGCCGCCCACAGGCGGGCAGCGGCUCGGUGCUGGACUACUUUCUGGUCGGUGCAAACCUGGCCAGCCGCAUCUCGGCUCCGAGAGUGGAUGAGUUGGGCAUCACCUCCCCGCACCUCCCUGUCAACAUGGAGCUGCGUGCCGCCGACCUGGACAUGCGCGUGAGGAUCCCGAUCGCCCCCAGGGCGAUUCCAGCGGUGCCGCCCAUCGGCUGCAGCCGCGGUGUCGAGGACUGGGCGCCCACUUUGGCCCAGGUGCGCGCCACAACCAGCGCCGAGGAGCUGCCAGCAGCCUGGGACGCCGUCGUCAGCACCUUGGAGCAGGAGCUGUUGGACCGCUACGACCAGGUUGGCGAAGCGCGCAGGCGGUUCGAAGGACGUGCGGGGCCCAUUGCGACCAAGCUGGCGCCAGUCAAGUGGAAGCCGCAAGGGCAGCGUGUCCGAUUGGGGCCUGAUGUCAUCGCGGCCAAGGUCGCGGGCCGAUGGGCGCGUCACUUCAUGGGGGUCAGCGCGUUCCUCGCGAAGGCCAGCAGGAGGCUGCAAACCGCCAGCCUGCAGUGCUCCCUUGUCCCUGAGCAGUACCACGAGCUGGCGGACUUCGUCGCGAGGGCUUUGGAGUAUGGGCGCGUGGUUAUGGACAGCAAGAAGACGCUGGCACUGCUCCCGCAUUGGGUGAGGUCCUUCUUCGAGCAGGGCUUUCGCGUGAUCGGCAACACCGACUUCCUGGAGCAGGCGGGCCGCAUCGUCCAGUUCGCCAAGGACGCCCACGCGGACGCGCUCAAGGUCAGGCAGCAGAGCUGGAUCCAGUGGGCCAACGACAGCCUGCGGAACGGCGCUGGCAAGGCGCACCGCUUCACCAAGCUGCGGGCGAUGCAGGAGGUGCUGGCGCAAUGGCAGGGCACCCACACCGAGCUCACCACUGGGCGGCUCGCCCAGACCUUCGUCCCGCAGCAGCAGGUCGCCAGCCAGCACCUGAUCUGCGACCGGGAGAUGAAGGCCUGGGAGGACGUCUGGUCGUGCCACAAGCUCGAGGCGCUGGAAAGGCCAGCUGACUUCGACGAAUGGGACGACCUCGAAGACCUCACCGUGGAGGCGCUGCAGCGGGCCGCCUGCAGCUUCCCCACCACCACGGCGCUCGGCCCAGCGCAGAUCGGCAUGCGCGCGCUCACCUUUCUCACGGACGACGGCGUUUACACCUGCGGCCAGCUCUUCAUGAAGUGCGAGGCGCUGGGGGCUUGGCCCAGCGAAAGGCUGUGGCACGCUAUGUGCCGCAUCCCCAAGGCCUCUGGCGGCUGCAGGCUGAUCACGCUGAUGCACUCGCUAAUCCGAUGGUGGUCGAGGGCUCGUGCCUCGACGUCCAAGGCGUGGCUGACGGCGCACCCCAAUGCCAGUAUUUGGGGCAUGGGCGGCGGCAGAUCUUCCUCCGACUCCGCCUUCGACCUCAACCUUGAGACGGAGGUAUCGGACUGCCUGGACGAGCACGUCGUAAUCGUCAUGCUGGACGCCUGGAAGUUCUUUGAGACGAUUAAGCCCGAGUGGCUACUCAUCGAGGCGCGGCUGCUGGGCAUGCCGCUGCGGUUGGUCUGGAUGUUGAUUGAGCUAUACAGGCAGCCGAGGCGGCUGCAAGCUUUCGGCUCGGUGUCCUACGCGGUCGUGUCACAUCAGGGCGUGCUCGCAGGAUGCACUCACGCCUGUGCCAUGGUCACCUUGCUCAUGUUCAGGCUGCUCGAGCAGGUGCGAGAUGCAGGCGUCACCCCGAGGGCCCUCAUCGACGACGUCACCUUGCAGUGGCGCGGGAGGCGGCUCUCGCAACUGGGCGUGCUUUGGGCGGCCACCACCAGGUUCCGCGAGGGCGCCCAGGAGCGAGGCAUUGUCGUGCAGCCCACCAAGUCGGGCUACUUGGUCUCAUCGGACGCGGCUGCUCGCGAGUGUGCCCGACACGCGGCGGCCCGCAAGCUGACCAAGAUGCGCUGGGCCCGCAACCUGGGGCACGAUCUGGGCGGGCGCAGAAUCGCUAGGCUCCAGACGGCAAAGCGGGUGCGGCAGCUCAAGGAGCGGCGCGGCAAGUUGGCAGCUUUCAAAGGGGCAGACGUCAGGAUGCAUCUGACCGGCGGCGUGCAACGCUGGCAGGCGAGGCAGAUCGCGGCGCACCACCGCCAGCACGGCGAGGUCAAGCCUUGGGUGCGGGCCAUGCGGCUCUGCGUGGGCGACGGGCGCGCGGCGUUGGCGGAGGGCCCGUCGGCCGCCAGCCUGCGUCACCACUGGGCGACGGUGGCCUGGACGCAACAGGCCCAGCGCGACCUUGGGCUGGCGGCGGCGCCGAAUUGCAGGGCCUGCGGACAUCCGUCCGACUCGCCUGGGCACAGAUUUUUCGGCUGCGAGGUACUCGUGCAGCCGCUCACAGAGGAGGAGCAGGACGAGCAGCUGCCGCCCGAGCCGAUGCAGGCCAUCCGCACCUUCAUGUGCGACAAAGGCCUGCAGGAGGGCGGCAGCUUCGAGAGCGCCGACUUCCAAAUGUGCUUGCCCUGCAUGCCGCCAUUCGUGCCGCCCGCCGCGGAGCAGGCCGAGGUGAAGUUCUGGGGCUGCUGGCCUAGCCAAGGGGCGGACACGGACAUGGAUGCGUACUUGGACCGAGGCCUCCACCCGCUGCUGUACUCUGGCAACAUGUGGGCCGACUGGUUCGCUCGGCAAGGAGCCAUGCAGCACACCGUGUCGAAGGUGUACGAGGAGUUCUACAACAUCGAGCUGCAACACUACAAGAGCCUGGCAAAGUACGUCGGCUGGGCGAUGCAGAGGACGAUGCACGCAGGCCGCUGGGAUGCGCCCGAGCAGACAGCCCGCCCGCCAAAGGUGCCCAAGGUGCAGGCGGCGACUGUGAUCAGCCACUCCCUGGUUCGCCUGAACGGGACGGCGGUGGUGCUGUGCCGCGCUUGCUGCAGGCAGACCAGCGGGCAGACGGGGCCCACAUGGACGCAGUUCGCGCGUUCAGCUUGCGAGGCCAGCCAGUACACCGCGCUGCGGGCCGAGGCCAUCAUCGCGCACGUCGGCGCGCAGCCCAUUGUGGUCUCGGAGGCGGGCGAGUUCGCUAUGCAGGCGAUCGAGCGCGCGGCGUGCCCCGAAGAUGCGGGGCCCAGGCCAGCCGAGCCUGCCCCCUGGGGCUCAGGGGACGGCACCAUCGAGAUGCAGGGGCACAGGCUGAGGCGCGCAGGGCCCACCAUCUACUGCGAGGUAUGCGUGGCGUGGGCGGCGACAGGCUCCUCACUGGCCCUGGCUGCGCCCUGCGCUGGCCCGCCCAGCGCCGAGGGCAAGAACCAGCGCACCUACCUGUCCAACCUCAGGGCGCGGCUCAAGAAGCUCAGCCAAGGGCUGCACCCCAAGACAGGAAAGGUGCUCACUUGGGGAGGUGCAGGCGAGGCUCCAGACGGCCCCAGAACAUGGGCCACAGCGGCGGCCAGCGCGGCCGCGGGCGACAUGGCCUCUGGGGGCGACGGCGCUGCAGAGCGGCCAAGCGGCAGGCACGCGCAGAAGGAACAGGGCGAGGCGACCAGGCCUGGCCAGGACCACGAGACGCGCGAGGUGCCUGCAGGGGCUGGAGGUUCCGACGCAGUCCAGACCAAGAAGCCUGCUUGGCGGGUGCGACGGCAGGAGCUCCUGGAACGGAUGCAGCGAAGGCAGCAGCAUCUGCUAGCCGAACGUGGUCCAGCAGCCGCCAGCGGCGCGCAGCGUGAUGAGGGAGACAUGGCCGACGGCAGCUUGCCCUCGGCCUAUGGAGCGCACCAAUGCCCCGACGGGGGCACCACUGGACUGGUGACGCUCCAGCCGCCGCCAGCUGCCCCAGACGUGGGGGUGGUCGAUGCCUGUCUGGCGGCGGGGCCGUCGCGGCUGCCUGCGCCCUUGAGGUGUGACCUGGCACACGAGGUGACGCUGACCACGGACCACCAGGAGGGCGCCGUGACCAGCCCUCAGGACAUGAGCAGCCCGCCGCAGCCGUUCUCGACUACCGAUAUGGCCAGCACCAGGGGUGGCAGGGGACCUGCAAAGUGCGGUCGCGAAUGCGGCCCCGCCCUGAGUGCUGGCAGGUCUGACAACUCGCAGCGGGCGCUGCCAGGCAUGGCCAGUGACAAGGGUGGCAGGAGGCCUGCAAGCCGCGACCCUGAGUGCGGCCCCACCUUGGGCACUGGCGGCGACGGCAGCCAGGCCCACCGCGUGCGGCGACGAUUUACGGCCUGGGCCAGGGGUGGCAGGGGACCUGCAAUGUGCGUGCGUGAGUGCGGCCCCGCCCUGAGCCCAGGAUGCGACGAGGACCGCGACGGCAAGGGUAUGGCCAGCGCCAGGGGUGGCAGGGGACCUGCAAAGUGCAGUCCUGUGUGCGGCCCCGCCCUGGGCACUGGCAGCGGGUCUCUGGAAGCGGCGUCGCCUGAGGAGGACCAGCGGCAGCCGCAGCUGGCUUCUGGGGAGGCGUGUCCACGUGCAGCUACGGCUGGUGCCAGGGGUGGCAGGGGACCUGCAGUUUGCGGUCCUGAGUGCGGCCCCGCCCUGAGCACCAGCACCCACCCCGAGCGGCGACGGAUUACGGCCUGGGCCAGGGGUGGCAGGGGACCUGCAAUGUGCGUGCGUGAGUGCGGCCCCGCCCUGAGCCCAGGAAGCGACGCGGACCGCGACGGCAUGUGCAUGGCCAGCACCAGGGGUGGCAGGGGACCUGCAAGUGCCGACCGUGUGUGCGGCCCCGCCCUGAGUGCUGGCAGAGUUGCGGUGGCUCGGCCUGAGCCAGCGCAGCCGAGGCGCAGCGUCGCGCCCAGGCUUGAGCUGCAGGUCGCUGGAUGGGCGCGGUACUGGACCCAGGCUCCCGAGGUCGGCGAGACGAUGGAGUGCUACAGCGAGUGGCUCGACCACUGCGUCGGCUACGUCACGCAGAUCCUGUCCCAGCCGCGCUUCGCCACCAGGCUGCGGGCGCGUGGGAGGACGGCCGAGGAGAUGGCCGAGGAGAUCUGCGAGCGGGCCUGGGGGACUGGCAUGCCCGCGAGGCGGGCCUACUACAGGUGGCGCCACACGCUGACGCGGUCGCAGAGGAUCGUGUCGGACUGCAUGCGGCGCUACGACUACGUGUGCCUGCGGACGUGGCUGGCCGAGCUGCGGCGGGAAGGGCAGCCACCGCCCAUUGGCCCGCUCAGAGCGCCUUCGGAGGCGACGGAGAAGUGGUUGAGGGUCGGCCUCUCCUGGCACGGGCAGCCGCUGCGCGCUGCGCGGCGGUCUGGCCCCAGCGCGCCGCCCUUCGCGUCCGUCGACGUGAUCGGCAUCACUGGCCUCCCCUGA